AUGGCUUCCUGGCUUUCAAUCCCCAAGAACUCGCCGUUCUCUUUGGCAAACAUCCCGUUCGGCAUCAUCUCCGCCUCCUCAUCUAAAGUACCCGCCAUCGCGAUCGGUGACUAUGCUUUGGAUCUAAACGCAUUUGCUUCUUCCGGAGGCUUCUCUCAAUUGCCUUCCAUCCAGCAACAUCUGAGUGUAUUCAACCAAUCCACCCUCAACGCCUUCGCCGAACUGGGUCGUCCUGUGCACCGUCAGGUCCGCGAGUACUUGCAGAAUGUUUUCCGCGCCGAUACCCAGUAUCCCCAGGUCCUUAAGGAUAACGCUGCUCUGCAGAAGUCCGCUCUCAUUCCCCGCUCAGAAGUGACCAACCACGUCCCCAUGCAAAUUGGCGACUACACCGAUUUCUACGCUGGAUUGAACCACGCCUACAACAUUGGAGUCCUCUUCCGCGGAAAGGAUAACGCUUUGCAGCCCAACUAUAAGCACCUGCCUGUCGCUUACCACGGACGUGCCUCGUCUGUCGUCCCCUCCGGUACCCCUCUGCACCGCCCGAGCGGUCAGAUCCUCGCUAACCCAACCGCCGACCCUAAGAUCCCCACCUUCUCUCCCUGCAAGAAGUUGGAUAUCGAGCUAGAGUUGGCUGCUUUUAUCAGCAAGCCCAAUGAGCUGGGUAAGCCUGUCUCCAUCGACGAGGCUGAGGACCACAUCUUCGGUCUUGUUCUGAUGAAUGACUGGUCUGCUCGUGAUAUCCAAGCCUGGGAGUACGUUCCCCUGGGACCUUUCAAUGCUAAGAACUUCGGUACUACCAUUACUCCCUGGGUCGUCCUAAUUGAUGCUCUCGAGCCAUUCCGCGCCCAAGGUAUUGAGCCUGGAAACCGCGAUGGUCUCCUCCCUUACCUCCGUGAGAAGCGUGCCGAGACUGCCUACGAGAUCCCGCUUGAGGUCGAGGUCACAAACAAGGGUGGCCAGCCCACUAUCAUCUCCAACAGCAACGCUCGCAACCUUCUCUACUCAUUUCCACAAAUGGUUGCUCACCACACUAUCACUGGUUGCAACUUGAGAUCGGGAGACUUGUUGGGCUCUGGUACUAUUUCCGGUACUGAGCCUAAGACCCAGGGCAGUUUCUUGGAGCAGACCAAUGGCAAGACUGCAAUCAAGCUUGCUGAUGGCUCUGAGCGUAUGUUCCUUGAGGACGGAGACACUGUUGUUCUUCGGGGUCUUGCCGGUACGGAGGGCAGCUAUGUUGGCUUUGGCGACUGCACAGGCACUAUUCUGCCCCCGGUCUCGUUCUAA